UGCCCUGCUUCCGUUCCCACAACCCGAGUUGCGAGAAUUUCGCUCUUUUCCUGUAGACGAACCGGAAGCCAUGGAACAAUCACCGGCGGCGCAGAGGCCGACGAAGAGGAGCCUGAUGAGCUCGCUGAAGGAGGCGGCGAGCACGACCCUUGGCCGAUCAUCAUCCUUCAAGGAAGACUCUUACCUCACUUCCCAUCUCAAACCUGCAGAGAUCAAAGCUCUUGAAGAUCUGAAGAAAAUGCUGUCGUCAUCCUCUUCGGCGCCACCGUCUAUGUGGGGAAUCCCUUUACUAGGCGGUGACGAGCGCGCCGACGUGGUCUUACUCAAGUUCCUUCGAGCGCGGGACUUCGGCGUUGCACAGACGCAUGCAAUGCUGAUGCGGUGUGCCGAGUGGAGAUCAGAGUUUGGAGCGGACGAAGUGGUCGAGGAAGAGCUAGGCUUCAAGGAGCUCGAAGGCGUUGUUGCGUACAUGCACGGCUGGGACCGCGCUGGCCAUCCUGUAUGCUAUAAUGCCUAUGGCGUCUUCAAGGACAGGGAGAUGUACGAUCGCAUCUUUGGAGACGAGGAAAAGCUUAAACGCUUCCUCCGAUGGCGUGUUCAGGUCAUGGAGCGCGGUGUAGGCCUUCUCCAGCUCAAGCCUGGUGGCAUCAACUCCAUCAUUCAGGUCACCGAUCUCAAAGACAUGCCUAAGCGCGAGCUCCGCGUUGCUUCGAACCAGAUCCUCUCUUUGUUUCAGGACAACUACCCGGAAAUGGUCGCCCGCAAGGUUUUCAUAAACGUGCCGUGGUAUUUUAGCAUUCUGUACUCUAUGAUUAGUCCUUUUCUCACUGAGAGGACCAAGAGCAAGUUCGUCAUCGCCAAAGGAGGCAAUGUAGCUGAGACCCUGUACAAAUUCAUCAGGCCAGAGUUCGUUCCAGUACAGUAUGGAGGUCUAAGCCGACCAGGUGAUCUCGAAAAUGGGCCGCCAAAGCCUGCUUCCGAGUUCACAAUCAAAGGCGGAGAGAAGGUUAACCUGGAAAUCGACGGCAUUGAGUCUGGAGCGACUAUAACGUGGGAUAUAGUUGUUGGCGGUUGGGAUGUGGGCUACGCGGCGGAGUAUGUGCCGAGCGCGGAGGGCAGCUACACGAUUGCGGUGGAGAAACCACGGCGGAUUCCAGCGACGGCGGAGGAACCGGUUCACAAUGUUUUCACGGCCAGGGAGGCCGGAAAGAUGGUUCUUUCCAUCGAUAACACCAGCUCCCGGCGGCGGAAAGUUGCGGCUUACCGCUACUUCGUCCGCAAACCAACGGUUUAGUUCUUGAAAAUGGUUAAUAAGAAGAGAUGGUGAUUUAGCUUUCUUUUUUAUGUGAAAUAUUAGUGAUGUAAUCCCUUUUUUAUCUUCUGGAUUGGCUUUGAAAGAGUGGAUUAGGUUUUUGGAUUAUAAUGAAAAUUGCUUGUUUUGCUCUAA